AGCGUCACCCGUCAUUCCAACAUGGCUGCCACCGUACGAACUGUGAGUUUCUUCCUAACGCUUUGCAGCUGCGCACACCUCUCUCUGACCUUGACCUUCAAACAGUUGGGGGUCAUGAACGUGAAGACUCCGGCGUUCCUGGGUCUUCUACCGAACGUGACGUCAUCAGGAGUUCGAAAGUUCGACCUUCUGAUUAGUACGUUCAGCGGAAUUCCGUUCACACAAGAUUACGUGUGGGGGGUUCCCGACGUCGGCAGCAGGCUUCAAUCGGUUUCUAGUUGGACGCCAGAAAUUAUCACUAACCAGCUCCACUGGCCUAACGAAGCGGAACCCGUACCUGUUGACGUGUUCGGUAAGGCUGGUGUGGUCAGUGUUUCCGCUGGAUUUUUCCUGCCGACGAAAACCGACGGUGGUUUGUUCCUGGUCGAUGGCUGGCCCGGGAAAGCAGGUUCGCCGGUGGACAUCUCUAGCGAUGACGAGAAGCGAGACUGGUUCUUCCACCGGGUGGAGUGGGUGGAUAUGGACGGGGAUGGCCGCAAGGACGCUCUCACCGCAAGGGCGUUCUUCAAUCCGCUAGCCGGUAGCUCGAAAGGAGAACUGCUUUGGUUCCAGCAGCCGGAGUCUAACGGCUCCACCACGCCUUACUGGUCCCUACAUAAGAUCAUCACCGGACCCGAUACCUUCUUCCGCUCGGCCAACCUGACCAUCGGUGGGAAGCUCCGAACCGUCAUCAUCACGUGCGGAUACUUCUCCAAGGAGCUGCGCAUCACGUGGACAGAGGACCCAAAAGGAAACUGGACGAACACGAAAAGUAUCAACUCUGCCGUCAUUGACGAUGACCUGGGACAGUUCUUCAGUGUGGAGGUAAAAAUUUAUCGUAUUCUACUACUAUUUGUUUGUUUCUUUGUUUUUAGCGCAACCAACGGUACUGUAGCUGUGUACGAGAUCCCCAAUGACGUCACGACUCAGCCGUUCGAACGACUGAUCAUUAAGAGCGGGUACAGCGUGCCCGGGUUCUUCACGAACGGGAAGGGCGCUCCCGGCUCUGCCUUCCCUUUUUAUCCAUCUACUAACAAGACCGGUAAGCCCUACAUCCUGGUCGCUGGCGACGACGACAGACAUGCUUACGUCAUGACCCCACUAAGUCAGGACCCCAAAGACUGGCGGUACAAGCAGGACACAGUGUAUCAUGGCGGCGGCACGGUGGGGCAGAUCGUCAUGGCUGACGUUAACGGGGACGGCAUGCAGGAAGUCUUCGUCCCGGCUUACAACGAUAACAAAGUCAUCGUGUACCAAGUCACCGACACAGAGGGAUAAUAUUAAAAAGGCAUCCAGUGCAGUUUUAAGGCUUGGAAACCAGAUUUUUCAGAGCUGAUAUUCUAGUCAUUUAUCUACAUACUGAGUU